CCUCUUUUUAAAAGACGAAAUUGUUGUUAAAUCAAAUUUAAAAGACUAAUUAAUUAGUUAAUCAUCCAAAAUUUUACUAAUUGCUCAAGUAGGUCUCAUCUUAAUUUUGAUCUAGAGUCCAACAAAAACCAAAACCGUGGGUUUGUCUGUGUGAUUUUCUGGGGUUGAAAAAAGUCUUACAAAAAAUGGAAGCUUUAUGAGAACAUAAGAGAAAAGGAGAACAAAGCCAAAGAAGAAGAAGCAAAAUACAUCGAGAAGAGUAGGGGAAAAAAGAAAAAAGAAAAAAAACUCAUCUAUCGAGACACAACCCACUAGCCAGCGAGCAGCAUCCUGGAAUACCCAGAAUUUCCUUAUUCUUCCACUUUCCUUUCCGGUCUCACAAUCUCUAUCCGAUUCUUCACUCUCCCGAGCAAUUGAACUUUCUCUCUCUGUUUCCAUCUAUCUCAGGUACAUGUGUGUGUAUCGAUUGAUUGUUCGUCGCCUUUUUCUGCUUUCCCCUUUUUUAUCUGGGAUUUCACCUUUCCUUUUUGUUAGCUCCAUGAUUGGAAAUGGGAAUCUGGUACUUUUCCCCAUCGUUUGUGGUAUUGGGUUGAUGAGUAAUUAUUGGGUUUUCUGUUUUUGGAUUUUAUUUCUGUUGAUUGCAGGUGCUUUUGGCUCUUCAGAUCAUUACCCAGAUCUCGUUUUCUUCUGAUCCACUUCAAAUUGGUUCAACAGUGGAAAUCAGCGGAGCUCAAGAAGAAAUAUAAUACAGCAAGACGAGAUAGAGGACGAAGAGGUGAUGGAAUUGUUUUAGAUUUGCUUAAGUUUUCCUUGCCUUCAAUAUGAUCAAUUGCUGGUUGUUCUGAUAUUUCAUCGUAUGCUGGUUUGUUCUUUCAGAAUUCUGGUGCCAUUGAAGCACAGAAACAUGUUUAUGAUUGUUUGGGGGAGACAAAAUUGAUUGAUUGACCUUUUUCUUGCUCUGGGGAUCUUAAAUUGAGAGAUAUAUCUUGCCUGGAAAUGGAGUUUUCUGAAGCAAUGUGGUGUAGCAACUCGGUUGGAGGUAUGUUCAUACCUUAGGAAGGGUCUUUGCCUCACUGGUUGGAAUUCACUUUCUCUCUCGAAAUGGGUGUUAUUGGUAGUAGUAAGAGGAAUCAGUUGGUUAUAGAGUGUUGAUAACUACUCGGUCUAGAGUCAACCCGAAAGACGGAAUUCUGCUGCAAACUUGAGCUAUGAUCAAACAGUUCCUCAAUAGGCUCCCUAGGAAGCCAAAGUCGUCCGAGCAUCGUGAUGGAGGAGGAACUUCUACCUCAUCAAACACUUCCACUAGCUCGAGAACCAACGAUUUCACAAACAACCGAUACGGUGGAGGACCAAAUGCCACAUCUUCACCUGCUGUGAAUUCUAAUCCGGCUCACGGUUCAAAUUACAGCAACAAGCUCUCCCUGCCUGUAAAGCCGAAUGGUAAUCAACCUUCAUACGAGGCUCUGCCUAGCUUCCGCGAAGUUCCAAAUGCAGAGAAGCAGAACUUAUUCAUCAGAAAGGUGAUCUUAUGUUCUGUCAUUUUCGAUUUCACUGAUCCUACUAAGAACCUCAAGGAAAAGGACAUCAAGAGACAGACAUUGGUAGAGCUUGUGGACUAUAUUUCCUCUGCCAGCGCAAAGUUUCCUGAGAUAGUCAUACAAGAACUCAUCAGAAUGGUCUCUCUAAAUCUGUUUAGACCACUCACUUCUCCACCUCGUGAGAACAAAGCUUUGGAAGCUUUUGACGUUGAAGAGGAAGAGCCGUCCAUGGACCCUGCAUGGCCCCACUUGCAAGUCGUGUAUGAAUUGUUAUUAAGGUUUGUGGCAUCACCUGAAACUGAUGCAAAACUAGCUAAACGGUAUGUUGAUCACUCUUUUGUACUAAGGUUGCUCGAUCUCUUUGAUUCGGAGGACCCAAGAGAAAGGGAGUAUUUGAAAACGGUCCUGCAUCGAAUCUAUGGGAAAUUCAUGGUGCACAGGCCCUUCAUUAGGAAGGCAAUCAACAACAUCUUCUACCGGUUCAUAUUUGAGACGGAGAAGCACAAUGGGAUCGCCGAGCUGUUGGAGAUUUUGGGGAGCAUCAUCAAUGGCUUUGCAUUACCUCUCAAGGAAGAGCACAAGUUGUUUCUAGUUCGAGCUCUUAUUCCGUUGCAUAAACCGAAGUGCUUGCCGAUGUACCACCAGCAGUUGUCAUACUGCAUAACGCAAUUUGUUGAGAAAGACUGCAAGCUUGCUGAUACUGUUAUUAGGGGUUUGCUGAAAUAUUGGCCAGUUACAAAUAGUGCUAAAGAAGUAAUGUUCUUGAGUGAACUGGAGGAGGUUCUGGAAGCUACUCAGCCUGCAGAGUUUCAACGUUGCAUGGUGCCUUUGUUUCGCCAGAUUAGUCGGUGCUUGAGCAGUUCCCACUUUCAGGUGGCAGAAAGGGCCUUGUUCUUAUGGAACAACGAUCAUGUGGAGAACCUAAUCAAACAGAACCGAAAGAUCAUACUGCCCAUCAUCUUCCCUUCCUUGGAGAGGAACGCCAGGCGCCACUGGAACCAGGCUGUGCAAAGCCUGACGCUGAAUGUCAGGAAGAUAUUCUCCGACGCUGAUCCGGAGCUCUUCGAAGAAUGCUUGCUCAAGUUCCAGGAAGACGAAGCGCGAGAGGACGAGAUCAAGUCGAGAAGGGAAACCACGUGGAAACGCCUCGAAGAGAUUGCUGCCAUGAAAGCUUCAUCUAGCAACCAGCCGGUGUUGGUCUCUCCUAGAACCUCAGCAAAGCUCAUGGUUACAAGCUAGCUAAAAGAAUCAUUGAAGAUCUUACUAUGUUUUGAGCCACUAUACGAGGGACAACAAGAUGAUAUUCAGGUGGAAAGUUCUUUCAUUUGAAUAUGAAUCAUCUGCCCACUUGCAUGGAACCAGCAUAUGUGAAGAGGGUUGACAUUAGAAAAAUGGGGAGGAAGGGGCUUUCUUGAGAGCUUGAAACUCGAUUCCAUUCUGUAUAAUUCGGUGUAUAUUGAUUUUUGGUUUGAAUGAGAAGCUUGGAAAUUAAGUUUCCACCUUUGUUUAAGACACCCAAGAACUUCAAGCUCUAAUAUAAAUCAUGCAUGGUUAAUUUUUGUCAAUGUGAGUGGAUCUUGCAUUGACAUCAUUUCUACUGACACGAGUUUGGGUCCAAAGGCUCCACCCUUGUUCGGAAAUCUGAGGGUGAUGGUUAAUUCUUGGUGUUCGAUUCUGAACAAAUCUAACAAAUGUUUAGAACCCUGAGCCGACAACCUGAACCCACUAGCCCUGACCUAGUUACCCCCACCUUAGCCACUAGCUCAAAACCUAGAAGCCACCCAUAACCAAAAUCUAAAUGCUAAGUCCCUAACCCAAAUCUGACGACCUUACACCUCCAGUAACUCUUAUCUCCAUCUUCUUCUCCCCAAAUUCUUCUAUGAUCUAUCCACUCCCAAGUUCCUAAGUGGCGAUGAGGAAAUAUGAGAGAGCAUUUAGAAGGAUAGAGCGUAGUACUGUUUAUCUCAAAGGGAGAAGAGAUGAGUGUAUCUCAAGUGAUAUGCUAGAGACAAUGUGUAUCUCAAGUAGGUAGAGCCCUAUUAGCAGCUCCUUCGGAUGAGAGAACCGAGUUGCUUGGAAACUAAGCAACGGUGUUUCCCCCAAAAAGGAGAGGAUAAAUUAUAAAGAGGAAAAUUAGAAAAAAAGGAGGAAAAUGGUAAAAACUUCUAGAAAAUGAUACUUUAGAGUGUCAUUUUGUUAAUUUGAUUCACCGGAAAAUUGGCCACUUCUUUCUUCAAGAAGAAGUUGCUCUCAUGAUUACUAUACAAGCAAAUACAUUUGAAAAUUAAAUACGAUGUCAUUAAAUUUAUUUUUAACCGAUGUCUCACUUAGCUCGAAUAUUAGCUAGCUAUGUCAUAAGAUAGAUCAUGUUGUUUGUUUAGUACUUAUAGUUAUCACGUUUUUAUAUAUGGAAGCACAUAUAUUGAAGUUUCAAUACGAUGUUAUAAAAUUUAUUUCUAAAAGAGAUUUCACUUAGCUCUAAUCGAGGUAGGUAAUGUUUUUUUGGUAUUUGCACUUUUCAUGUUUUGACAAAAACGUGGUGGUUUAACAAAUAUAUAUGCAUGGUAUCGUCGAGAGGUAGAAGUUGUGAGUUCGGGUUGGAUGCCUUAGCAACUAGCAAUGUGGCUUGUGAGUGCAUGUCUUUAAGUGACCUGCAAUAUAUUGUUGAGGUCCAGAGCGAUAUAUUACUGAAGUCUCAAAUGAUCAAUACAAUAAGCAAAUGGCUUUAAUAAGAACCGAUUUGUUAAAAACAUGUGUAGUUUGAAAAUUCUUAGAAGAUUAUUGUAUUUUGAGAAUUUUUCAUUAUAACAUGUGUACUUUGGGAAUAUAAUUCCCUAGACAAGAGAGGGCUUCUCAAUAAUAAGGUUAAUUACUAGCCAUGAUAGCAGUGUGUGGUCAAUAAAUAUUGCACGUCUAGAUGUGUUUGAUUAAAAGGUUCAUUAAACG